CACGGGAAGAGGAGAAAUCCUUCGAUCUGUUACAUAAUGCUGCAUAUGUGUUACGAGGCGUUUAGUUUUGGUGUUAUAGGAAUUCAAAAUUCAUAGUAUUUAUCAUAUUACUUUAUAUUUUGCGACAGUGUUCUAUUUAAUCCAUACAAAACAAUCAAGUCAAUUAAUUUAUAGGUACAAAAAAUUACAGAAUUCGGCAGACAAUUUAUUUACAAUACCAGAUUCGCAUUUUUCAAAACGAACCGCUAUAGUGUUUUUGAGUAAAUACUCUGCAUAUACAUAAGUAUAGAAAGUAUACAUCCAUACUUGUGUAUUCGCGGCUGGUCUGCGAUUUUUUGCGAUGUCCGUGCCCCAGAAACCAGAAGUUUUAUUUGUGCUGGGAGCUCCCGGCUCAGGCAAAGGCACUUUGUGCUAUCACAUCACACAGGAGUAUGGUUAUGUGCACCUGUCUGCUGGUGACUUAUUGAGGGAAGAACGCGCAAAGCCGGGCUCCCAGUACGGAGAACUUAUUGAAAAUCAUAUAAAAAAUGGAUCAAUCGUACCUGUCGCGAUCACUUGUAGCCUUCUGGACCGAGCGAUGCAAUCCUCGGAUAAUCCACACAAAAGGUUCCUCAUUGAUGGUUUCCCAAGAAACCAAGAUAAUGUCGAUGGUUGGAACGAGGCAAUGUCCAAUAAAUGUAUUCAGAAAGGAGUAUUAUUUUGCGAAUGCAGCAAGGAAGUAUGUAUUCAGCGAUGUCUAAAACGUGGAGCAGGAGGAAGUGGAAGGUCUGACGAUAAUGAAGAAGUUUUGGUGAAAAGAUUUGAGACUUACGUCACAAAUACAAUGCCCAUAAUCGAGCAUUUUGAGAAGCUAGGCUUAGUGUACAAAGUAAACAGUAUGAAAAGUCCAAAAGAAGUGUUUGAAGAAGCUAAGGGAAUUUUAAAGACAAUUGGAUGGUAAUUAAAUGACAAAAUAAAGUUUAAUGUAAAAUAAAGAUGGUGAUCGAAGUGUACCAUGCAUCCGCGCUUGAUAUUUUGUUACAAGAGGUAUAUAUUUUGUAGUAAAUACUUUAUUCAUAUAGCAAUGUAACAUACACUUUGUAUUACAUUUAAUUGCAUUUAUGAUAAUGGUAGAUUGCUUAAAUUUUGGUAGAUCUCGGUAUGUUUUUAUCUUACUCUGUGAACAGUGCAACAUUCGAUGUACAAUCUAGGAAAUAAUCCAUUUUGUAUGAGAAAAUAAUUAUUUUGUUCUAAAUGUAAUAUCUUAUGUUACAUUUAGAAGAACAUGCUAUUUAGAAACUAAG